UUUUCAUCCCAAGGUAUAUCGCUUAGUGUUAUGACUUUGUGCGUUAGGGUGUCAGGCGUAGAAGUACCUGACAGGACUUGAAGUGCUCGAUCUGUUCACCUCCCUCCAGCCUACUGUUACCACCGGUCGUGUCGCCCUGUCUUGUUAAAAGUACGAGGCACACGUACAAGCUUAUAAACCAUACUUCUAGUUAGGAAAGGUUCGCGCUAGAUCAGUCCUGAGGGUUCCUACAAAUGUCGUUCCAAAUUUAUCGAAACACUUCGGUGGGGGAAAGCCUCAUGGAGACUAUAGAGCAGCUGGCAGAAGAAGGCAAGCUACCUGAGGAGUUGGCGCUGGCGGUGCUGAAGCAGUUUGACACGUCAAUGUCCGAAGCCAUCAAGAAGUUCGUGACUGGGAAGGCGACUAUGAAGGCGAACAUGAAGACGUACCACUACUACGAAAACGUGUGGACGUUCAGCCUGGAAGGGGUGGAGUUCAAACUCAACCAGGCGGGCUCGGGCUCCAUGGCGGGGGCGCAGACCAUGAUGUGCAACACGGCCAAGGUGGUCGUGGUGGACGCCAAGCUGGGCGAGCAGGUUUAGGCUUAGGUUUAGGUUUAGAGCCAACCGGCAGGGCUAAUGUACCCAGCUUAAUGGGCUGUAUGCUUCGUAGGCAGCUUCCGCCUGGGUGUCUAGUGUCACAACGCAGGCAUGAAUGCAUGGGUAAGAACGUGUUUGGUAGGUGUAGCGUCGGUUGCAUGUAGCGGGUAGGAGGGUGGAUACGUGGCACCUGGCAGGAGUGCAGCGGAUAGGUAAGUCCGCGCACGUCAGGGCCGUGACUGCAUUUGGUAGCAUGAGGGUUUGCCGGCCUCUUGGGUGUAUGUCCUUCUUUAAGUGCAUUGGGUAAGACGCUGCCUGGCAUGUCCGCCAGGGAAAUGCUGUGCCGCUCUCCAGCCUAAUAACACUUGUCAAGUAGUGUCAGACGGUCUAUGGCAGGAAUGGCAGCAGGAUGUUGACCCGUUUUCCAUCAGGCUAGUUUGGCAGGACGUUGUAAUCCUGCAAAGGCAGGGAAUGAAGUGCAGGGUUGAAGACUAGGGAUUUUGGGUUCAUUGCUGUUAUGCAAUGGAUACGUUUUGCUCAGUUCAGACUCGAGAAGGGACAAUCUUCACAACGUUUUCAGUAGGACUUCUAGCUUCUUAUAGUAGCAGGCUUUAGCGUUAUGGAGAGUAUGUGCGGCGGGGGAUUUUUAGUAAAAGGAGGAUGCAUAUGAUACCACUGGCAUCGUUAAGAUGUGACGUACCCACGUACGGUAUGCGACCAGCGGCCACUCAUGUUGGGUGCGUGAGGGGCUCACAGACCCACGGUUCGGAGGCCUUAGGGCCGUAUGUAGAUAGCUGGCUACAAAUGCCGCGUAGGCGCUUUGGCCUGUGUUCACUACGUGUCUGCGAGACCGCAUUAUUGUCCAUUGCACGCGUGGUAAGCGUUAGAGGGAUGGAGAGUGGCAGACAGCCU